AUGGAUUCGUCUAAUAAAUCAGACCACAAAGAAGCCCAUACCCAGGAAGACUUCCAAAGAUGGAAAGAGAGGAUGAAAUCAGGCGGUGCUCCGCCAUCGGAUGAAACGAAGAAGAAGGCUCCAGAGGCUAGCAGUAGCGUUGAGACGAAACCAACUGAAAUAAAGCGAACGGACGGAGAGAUUUUUUCAAGUCUUGAACCAGCAUAUAAAGCUGAUGUUGGGUUUGAUGACUUUUUUGGGCCUUGGGGAGGCUCUAAGUCUACCCAGGACCCAGGAUAUGGUAAUGUUGCUGCUGGAUCUGCCACGAAGGAGCCUCAAGCUGCAAAGCCAGCAAAGUCCUCCAGGUUUGCCGGGUUUUUCAAUUCUCCUACUGAAGCAACCCCUAAAGAAGCCGAGGCUACAGUUUCUCAACCACGUCCAGUAUCGACUGAUGCCGAUCAAGAAGGCUUUCAGCGGAUCUUACAGCUCCUUGGUGGUAAUAAGUCUAGAAACUCCACACCUCAAGCUGAAGAAAUGAUGCGGCCAAAGCCAACUCCACCCCAGCAAAUCCAGCAAGAAUUUAGCCAUAUACCUGCUCCUACCGCGUCGCCGCAUCAUGAUGUUAUGAAUAGGCAGCCUUAUAUGGGCUAUUCCGAGCCUCAUCGCGAGCAGACAGCCCAUGGGCUUGAGCAACUCAUUGCGCAAAAGGCUCCAAAGGAAUCCCAACCAUCUCCCUUUGAUUCCAAUCUUCUACUUCGUUUAAUGCAGCAAGCAAAAAUUGGUCAAUCUCACCAAGGCCAGAUGCCAGCCCAGACACAACUACAAAACCCUGGUGCUCAAAAUAUGCCCGACAUCCAACCUAGGAACCACGAGAUACCAAAACAGAAAAGCCCACUUUUCUUCGAUGACCCUGCAAUUGCAAAUAUGCAACGUCCAGAUCCAAAUGAUCCUCGAAGUCAACUUCGCCGUCGAGCCACGGGGGGCCCUCCUGGUUAUUAUGACGAAAUGCAAUUCCAAGGCCCUUCAAGCGGAAGUCACACUCCUGCUAACCCUCCUGGCCUUCGCACUACUCAGUCUGCUGUUCAACCAUCAAUGAACAUCCAGCGCCCACCAGGCCUCGAACAGGUUACUUCUCCGGGAGGAUGGCCAAAUCCCCAGCAGCUGCAGCAAGGGCCAUCUGCUCAAUUUAUCGGACGUCCAGGAAUGCCUAACCCACCUCCGAAUCGAAAUCUUAACCAGAGUUACCCACCCGUUCAGCAGAUGCCAAUGCCAGGGGGCAUACCUCCCCUUAACGAUAGGCAAGCCUUCCAGCGAGGCCCUGGAGCCGCUGGCCCCUCCAACUUUGGUCCUCCACCUGGUAUUGUUCCACCUCCAGGAUAUAUGGCUAUGAACCCCCCUCCUCCUUUGGCAUUCCCCCCUAUGCCUCAUAAUCCUGAGGGUAUGAUGGGCCUUUCUCAUGGCCACCCCGCCCACUUCGGCGCAGGGCCGCAACCAGGUGUAGGAGGCCAUCAACCAUCAUCCCGACAGUUACUUGAAAUGUUCACGGGACAUGGUGGGGGACCAGGAGACGGAGGUAUGGGAAAUCGAAAUGGCUCCGGUAUGAUGGGCCCCCCAUAUCGCUGA